AUGGCAGGCCCUGAGAAGCCCGGCCAGACCGCCGCCGGUCUCGUCGAAAGGAAGAAGGAGAAUGUCGCUAUCUGCCCCACCGACUCCGAGGCGGUAGUGCCCCAGAGGAAGAAGGUCGACAAGCAAAGUUUCGACUAUGUGUGGCGAUCGGGUGUCGCUGGCGGCUUUGCAGGUUGUGCUGCAAAGACAGUUGUAGCGCCACUCGAUCGAGUCAAGAUUCUAUUUCAGGCGAAUAAUCCACAGUUCAUAAAAUAUUCAGGAUCAUGGGCGGGAACGGCGAGGGCGAUGAUGGAUAUCUACGGCCAUGAGGGAGCGAUGGGGUUAUAUCGAGGACAUUCGGCAACUCUUCUCAGAGUUUUCCCCUAUGCGGCCAUCAAAUUCCUUGCUGGCGCCCUGGCUGGCGCGACAUCAGUCUUCUUCACGUAUCCGCUCGAGGUCAUCCGAGUGCGCCUGGCCUUCGAAACCAAGCGCGACAGUCGCUCGACUCUUGCAUCGAUAUGCAAGCGCAUAUACAACGAGCAACCGCUUCCCAAGAAACCAAAGACCAAACUGCACAACGCCCCAGCGACUGUUCGCGCCAUUGCAACGACAGCAGAGGCCACGGUUGACACCGCUGUGCCUCGGUCAGGCCUCACGAACUUCUACAGAGGCUUCACGCCAACGAUUCUCGGCAUGCUACCGUAUGCGGGCAUGUCUUUCCUAACACAUGACACAAUGGGAGAUCUACUACGCCAUCCGCUCGUAGCAGAAUGGACGACCCUGCCGCAGCGAGAAGACGCGCCAGCGGGCAAGGCCGCGCCUCUACGAUCGUGGGCGGAACUAUUCGCAGGAGGAACCGCGGGUUUGAUAUCACAGACUUGCUCAUACCCGCUGGAAGUCAUAAGACGACGGAUGCAGGUCGGUGGUGCCGUCGGAGAUGGCCAUCGGCUUCGCAUAAGCGAAACCGCGGCUCUCAUCAUGAAAGAGCGUGGAUUCCGGGGCUUCUUCGUGGGACUCACGAUUGGAUACGUGAAGGUGUUCCCCAUGGCGGCGGCGGCUUUCUACACGUACGAGCGCUCGAAGACAUGGUUUGGCAUCUAG